CUCUGACUCUGUCGGCAGCUCGCGGGGCAUUGUGGGGCGGAGGCGGCCUUUCUCUGGCGUCCAGGCGGUCGGGAAAUCUUCAAGUAAAUAACGAUAACAGGGGGAGGAACUGCCUGAGCCGAGCCUGCGAGGAAAGAAAAAACCAACACAUCGACACUUGUGUUGUGCUGAACCUCAAUUUAUAAAGACAAACAUCUUUAAUAUUACAGAAACAUGGGGCAGGAGGAUCUCAUGAACACGGCCGAAGACGUGGCAGACCAGUUCCUGCGGGUAACCAAACAGUACCUGCCCCACCUGGCACGUCUUUGUCUCAUCAGCACCUUCCUGGAGGAUGGCAUCCGUAUGUGGUUCCAGUGGAAUGAGCAGAGAGACUACAUUGAGGCUACCUGGAGCUGCGGCUACUUCCUGGCUACGUGCUUUGUGCUACUUAACCUCAUAGGACAGUUGGGUGGUUGUGUCCUCAUCCUCAGUAGAAAUUUUGUACAGUAUGCCUGCUUUGGAUUAUUUGGCAUCAUAGCGCUACAGACUGUCGCAUACAGCAUUUUAUGGGACCUUAAAUUUUUGAUGAGAAACCUUGCCCUCGGAGGUGGUCUGUUGCUGCUGCUGGCUGAGUCUCGUUCAGAAGGGAAGAGCAUGUUUGCCGGAGUCCCUUCUAUGGGAGAAAGUUCGCCGAAGCAGUACAUGCAACUGGGCGGUCGAGUACUGCUGGUGCUCAUGUUCAUGACCCUGCUACACUUUGACUCCAACUUCUUCUCUAUCUUGCAGAACAUGGUGGGGACCGCUCUCAUCAUCCUGGUGGCCAUCGGCUUCAAAACCAAGCUAGCAGCAUUGACCCUCGUCGUUUGGCUUCUGGCUAUCAAUGUCUACUUCAACGCUUUCUGGACCAUCCCCGCCUACAAGCCCAUGCACGACUUCCUCAAGUACGACUUCUUCCAGACCACCUCUGUCAUCGGCGGCCUGCUGUUGGUGGUGGCGCUCGGGCCCGGCGGAGUGUCCAUGGACGAGAAAAAGAAAGAGUGGUAGGCUAAAGGGGGUUAAGAUGAGAGGAUUGCACAGCAUCACUGACUUCCCCCCCCCCCCCCCUCCCACCACCACCGACUGGGACACAAAGACCCUCCCUCUCCUCCAGCUCAACCCACCUGGGUGCACAGUGUUUUUUGUUUUUCUAGCUUAUUUUUUAUUUGGCCAAAUCCGUAAAAACACCACCUCACACAUCAAUGGACUUUUUAUUUUUUAAUUUUCUUCCCAAUCGCUGUUUUUUGUUUUUUUUAAGUUGAACAUGGUAAUGCCACAUUUUUUUCUAAACCCUUCUUGUAUGUCUGGGGGUUUUUUUUCAUGACAGCAAGAAUUUAAAAAGGCCCAUGUAUUUCAAAGUGCAAGGUAAACCA